GCGCCAUGCGGCGCGCGGGGUCGUCUCGUUCCCCGUCCGUCCUCUGCGCUCUGAUUCGUUACGGCCGGCCGGCCGCUUCCUGCCUGCGCGAGACUCGUCGUCGCGUUACUCGCGUUAUGCCCGCGCUGACCCCGCGCCUCGUAAUCUCUUCUUGGCGAAUAAAGUGCGUGUUCAUUUCGAGUGUCUCACAGCUUCCCCCUGCUCGCCCCGCAACGCGCGCGUUGAGCGUUCCCCGCCGCGCCGCGUCAGGAGACAUCUGUGUGCGUCGUGUGCGACGCGAGCGUGCCUCGCACGAGACGCGCGGUCGGACACGACAGAUUCGCCCGUCGUAUAGCCACGGCAACCGGUUGAGUAGGAUACUCGGGAGAUCCUUUGUUUCUCUGAACGAAACCGAUAAUAAUUGCGCUUUCUCCGCUGGCCAUAUUCAGAGUGCGCUGACUAGAUAUUCCUCCCCUCCCUCCUUCCCUUCUUGAUAAACGCCAGCUAGAGAGUCUUUGCGGAGCGACGUGAACGUGUAUUCCUCGCGAUUUAUUUCUAAGGACUUAAAAAAUGAGUUCGAGCGCGUGUUAUAAAUGUAACCGUAUGGGCCACUUUGCAAGAGAGUGCCCACAAGGUGGUGGUGGAGGCAGAGGAGAUCGUGGCCGGGAUAGAGACGGUGGUUUUGGACGUGGACGAGAGAAGUGCUUCAAAUGCAACCAAUUUGGACAUUUUGCGCGCGAGUGCAAGGAGGAUCAGGAUCUUUGCUACCGCUGCAACGGUGUCGGUCAUAUUGCGAAAGACUGUCAGCAGGGACCGGAGUUGAGUUGUUACAAUUGUAACAAGACUGGUCACAUGGCCCGCAGCUGCCCGGAGGGUGGCAAUGAUUCUGGCCGUUUCGCGAUGCAAAGCUGCUAUAACUGCAACAAGACGGGCCACAUCGCUCGUAACUGCACCGAGGCCGGUGGCAAGACUUGCUACAUUUGCGGCAAGACUGGUCACAUAAGCCGCGAAUGCGACCAGGAUGACAGGAAGUAGGAGAUAACCGGAAUCCGUGCCGCUCGCUUAAUAAUGAUAAGCAGUUUACCGUCGCGCACGCCGUUCCCGGGGAUAGAUAGAUAGAUAGAGAUGUGCGGACUUAUAUCGUGAAGCAUACAAUUCGUAUCAGCGAGGACGUAUCGUCGCCGCCGUCAUCGUCAUCGACAUGAUCACGAUUGUAACCACAUCGUGAUUACUAUGAGUCGAUUUCGUUGUCGUCGUCGCCAUUGUCGUCGUCGUUGUCAUAAUCGGAUUUCUAUCUCUCCAUGCUCCUAACUCCCAGAAGUCAGUCUACCCCCCAGCCCUCCUCGCCCUUAUUCCUAAUCUCCUUCCCCUCUCUGCCCACCGUUGUUCUCUUCGCAAGGAUAUUUUUUUUUUCUUAAACGAUGUCUUUAAGUUUUUAUUGCUGUUAAACACCGACACUUGUACACGUACCAUUUGCUACUACGUGUGAAUGAGAGCAGGGUUCAUUCUACAAGUAACACGUCUAACGUUUACAUUUACACGUAUAUGAUACACACACACACACACAUACACACACACACACACACACAAACUGACACGCAUACACACUCAUAUGCCAUGCAUACAUACACAAUCAACUAUGUAAUAAUAUUAUAAACAUUCUAUUGAAUUAGAGUAGAGACAUGAAUCCUCUGUCCCCUGACUUUCAAACUGUCUCGUAUGCGCAUUGUUUUCUGAUGCAAGAUGUAUGGAUUCUCGGGAAGCACACACGUAGCCUUGCCGAGAUUUGGCGCGUAUUUGGCGGUUUUGCGUGAUGUAUUGAUGUAACGCGCGAGGCUACCUCCACGCGCGCCCUCGACGGCUCUCGCAUUUGUAUAAAUAAAGCAAAUUUUAUGAUACGAUACCUCGGUUAUAAACAUGAAAAUAACGAAAAGUAAACGGGCCACCCGUUGACAGAGAGGAACGUCUUCGUCAUUGACACGAAUUCACGAACGAGUCACAAGGUACGGGCUCACGUCGCACCACUUUUCGCAUCCACGCAUCUUGUAUUCUCCGGUCCUCCCUCUCGAACUCUCUAGCCGACACUCAUAAAUCGACAAAUGAAGGAACGAAAGAAAGAAUUGAAGAAAAGGAUUCGGAAGCGAACGCGAGAACAUGGGAAAAAGAGUAUGCGAGAACACAUGCCGGCACCCUGAAUGCAUAAAAAUAAGAUUUAGUAACGUUAAUUUUAAAUGUGUAAGGAUGUAAUGAGGAUUUCACCGAGCUAUUACUAUGCGAUCAAAGUCUCAUUACAGAUGCUUCAAAGCAUUUCAUUUAUCAAUCAGAGGAAAAAAAUUUUACUAACUGACUAAUAAAAAUAUACUUUGAAGCAUUUGUAGUAUGUGAUCGUACUCUAUGUCACUUUUUGUGCGUUCUUUUGUUUCUUUUUCUAUUUUCUUUUUAUAUACCGGACUCGUCUAGUUUGUAUAGGUACGGACAAAAACGAAGUAUAGUUGUAGGAUUGUCACAGUGUUUACAGGUUUAUAUGCAAUUAAACUCAUACCCUCUGACUUCGACGAAGAGUGCGUUUCACUUGAUUCUCGCAAUGUUCGUGAUCAUCCUUGGCAGUUUAUCGCAUGUUUUACAAGGACUUAAUGGUUGCGAGCGUUGUGAGAGUCAAAUAGAACACGCUCAAAGUAGGGCGAAAGAGAGAGAGAGAAAACGUGUGCGCUUUCUACAGUUUUCUGAACGUAAAAAGAAGGAAGGAUAUGUUAUGAUUGAUACCAAGUAAGAUACGUCCGAAAUGAUUGCUACAUCGAUAUGUAUGUAUAUAUACAUAUAAACACGGUGGUCUGUACAAGUUGACACAUUUUGUACGUACAAUCAUAAUUGUUAAUGACAAGACUAUAGAUUCAUAUUGUUCAUACUCUUGACUGUUGAUAGGCGAUAAAAAGAAAGCCCACAGAGGAAGAAGUUGUACCAACCUUACUAUAUCCUUACAUGUUGCUGAAAAUACUUCGUUACUAGGUAUAUGUAUAUAUAUAUCCGCAUAUGUGUAUACAUAUAUUUAUGCAUAUGCAGGAGCUGUAUUUUGUACUGUAAAAAGCUAGCUUAUACUCUGGUCGUUGCUGGUGACUAAUUCCGAUAAUGCGAUCCUUUGUAUUUUUGCGAUCGUUUGUAUUUCCACGAGAAAAAUUAUAUUUUUCAUGUAUAGAGUAUAAUCACAAAGUGAUGACCGAUACUGUCUUUUUUUUCCUAACUCAUAAGUUGUAGGGACAAAAUUUUUGUAAAUGAUGCGAUCAAAGAAAAGGAAGUCAUACUCAAAGGAAAAAAAAAAGAAGCUAUUAUUCCCCGUUACACGCGCAGGGGACGACCACUUAACGCUCGACGCGAGUACAAAGUGAGAUUUUUUUCUUAUAAAACGAAUAUCAAAGGAAGGAUAAACAUGCAUGCACGCGUACCUAAUACGGCGAAAUUAUAUUAGCGAGAGCAGUAACUCGUCCGAUCGCGCGGUAUUUCAUGAAGUAAAAUGCAAGCCGAGUUAUACUAUAAUUAGGAUAAGAGAUUAGAAUCCCGACUACUUUUUUGAAAUACCCGGACCACGUUUAUGCUAAGUAGCUGCAGUGCAACUAUAUCAAUUCGAUCAUCCGAAUGGGAGGGGGAAGGGGUAGUCUUUGUUCAAGCCCAAAAGGCGGAUCGUCGCGUGGACGUCGCUGACGCGGCCUGCUGACGUGGAUAAUUCCACGCACGACGUCCACGCUACUCAUACGCUUCGCGCGGCUUCCGUGGUUCUACCAGCAGCGACAAUUGUGUAUUAACGUUCAGAAGCCAGGCGUGCCUGACUAUCUCGGUGGAAGAAAAGGCCCGGGGCCGGUCGUCUCCUUGGACAAUGGCGUACCCGGGGGUGUUUCUUAUAGUAACCCAGGUGUCCUGCAGCAAUUUUAUACACUUAACACAUUGUGCGGGACUUAAAAAAAAAUGCCGGAUCUCAUUGCGUAGUUUCAGUGUGCUAGUGCUCACGUCAACGACGAGACUUGGAGAGGAUCAAACAAAUUGUACUUCGCUAUAUUGGACCUUCGCGGACCUCUGAUGCUAUCAAUACAUGGACACACGUCGGACCAAGUAUUCCGGACGACGCGAAGUGUCUAGACGGACGUCUGAAGACAUGCGGGUUUAAUCUUUGAUUAGUUUUAACGGACUUUACGACAGAUUGGACGAAUUUGAGAGAUCUUUUGCUUCUCGCUGAUAAUCAGAAUGAAGUGAAGGAUGGGUCAAUUCACAAUUUGAAGUUGGAUGUCUGUAUACUGGAUGCUGAUCUUUCUCAGACGUCAUUUUUAUACUGUCUGGCUAGGUAUGACUUAGCUACACAUCACACGUAAGAGCAAAUAAUCUGGAUAGACACAGCCGAUUCCCUCCGCGGCACGGUCUCUGUGGUUCGUUGAUAGCACCAGAGGUUCAGACGAGCAUACGAAUAAUUAUUAUAAAGAAUAAAAAAUCGAGUGCGAUUAGGGCACCUGCGCUUUUGUCUCUGCUACAAGACUUACGUACGAAUAUUGUAAAGAAUACGACUGUUACAGUGUAUGAAUCUAAUUCGACCGGCGGCGCACGCCGGGUCCACGGCUCGUCUUAUAUAUUAAACUAAUCUAUUAAUACUUAAAAAAAA